GGAGUAUUUAGCUUCUGCCCUGCAGAGAAAUUUUUCUUUUCCAGAUGAAGUUCACUGGCUGUUUGGGAAUAAUGGUUUCCAGUUUGAUUCUGUUACUGGUUUGCUCCUUCACCUGUGUGAGCAGCUGUAAUUUACGGUGUCCAGACAAACCUGUGAUAACUCCAUCCAGCCUGGUGGUGAAGUUCGGUGAUCCAACCUCUGCUACAUGUGUAGCCUGUCAGCAGGCCUGUCUUCCUUCAAAUGAAAGUGUUAUUAAUAUGGAAACUUCUCUUGGAACUUCAGUCAUAAAUGGAAACACAGUGACCUGGACAGUGGAACAAAUGACUGUGUGGGAUUUGACUCCAAAAUGCUACUAUACUAAUGAGAAUGAUCAGUGUUGCACCAACCUGAACGUUAUCGUCUACAAACCUCCAGAAAGUGUGUCCUUCAGCUUUAACCCCUCUGGACCUCUGACCGAGGGUUCAGAGGUCACCCUGCAGUGUGAUGUUCUGAAAGUCGCUCCUGUUAAAAACCUCAUUGUGACCUUUUACAGAGGUCAGACGUCUGUAGGUGAAAUGAGAAGCAGCAAUACCAAGAAGGGACCAGUUAAUGGGACAUUUUCUUUGAGCUACAAGACCAGCAAAGAAGACAAUGGAGUCCAGUUCUGGUGUGAAGCCAAGCUGAACCUGGGAGCUGAAGGGCCACAGCCCCCUCUAGUGGUGAAAUCAAAGAAGGCCAAUCUCUCAGUUCACCGGAACGAAACACAAGUAUUUGUGAAUAUUUUUCACAAAUUGCCCGGAGAAAAAAAUAAAAUAAAGAUGCUUUCCAGUUUUGUUCUGCUGGCGGCUUCCUUCACCACUUUCCUCUGCUGCGUGAGCAGCUGCAAUUACAGCUGUCCAGAUAAACCUGUGAUAACUCCAUCCAGCCUGGUGGUGAAGUUCGGUGAUCCAACCUCUGCUACAUGUGUAGCCUGUCAGCAGGCCUGUCUUCCUUCAGAUGAAAGUGUUAUUAAUAUGGAAGCUUCUCUUGGAACUUCAGUCAUAAAUGGAAACACAGUGACCUGGACAGUGGAACAAAUGACUGUGUGGGAUUUGACUCCAAAAUGCUACUAUACUAAUGAGAAUGAUCAGUGUUGCACCAACCUGAAUAUUACCAUCUACAAACCUCCAGAAAGUGUGUCCUUCAGCUUUAACCCCUCUGGACCUCUGACCGAGAGUUCAGAGGUCACCCUCCAGUGUGAUGUUCUGAAAGUUGCUCCGGCUAAAAACCUCAUUGUGACCUUUUACAGAGGUCAGACGUCUGUAGGUGAAAUGAGAAGCAACAAUACCAAGAAGGGACCAGUUAAUGAGAUAUUUUCUUUGAGCUACAAGACCAUCAAAGAAGACAAUGGAGUCCAGUUCUGGUGUGAAGCCAAGCUGGACCUGGGAGCUGAAGGGCCACAGCCCCCUCUAGUGGUGAAAUCAGACAAUCUCACUGCUACAGUUUAUUAUGGACCUGAGCUGAAGGUUCCGGCUGAUCCAGCUCCAAUCAGCAUCAUCAGAGGAGAAACUCUCCAUUUGAGCUGCUUGGGUGAAGGAAACCCCAAACCUCAGUACAACUGGACGCUGCCGUCCAACAAAGGCCACAGCAGUGAGAACGAUCUGAGAAUCUACUCAGUUGAUUCUCAGGAUGGAGGGCAAUACAUCUGCACCGUCAGCAACACCGUGAACUCUGUCAGUGUUACAUUUGACGUAACAGUCCAAGAAAACUUCAUUCCGUACAUAAUAGGUGCCGUAGUAAUUGCUGCAGCUGUGAUAUUGAUCAUCGCAGGAGUCAUCUACAGUUUUUAUUACAAACGGCACAAGAUGGGAGAAUACCGACCAAAAGACGCUCUCUGUUUGGACGCAGUGCAACACAGCAAUCUUUCGGCGCCGUCGUCCUCCGACUACUUCCUGUCGUCUUCUUCGUCUUCGUCAUACCGGGAUUUCCCAAAACGCGUAAUCUGUGUCCCUCUGAAACACGGCCUCCAAUUCCACUUUCAAUUUCAGCUUCUUAAAGCGAAACGCCGCGGUGGGAAACUACAGAAGUUUCUUUGCGCCUCCCUCCUCGCGCUGCGUCUCGUGAGUGCGAAGCUUUUUGCGUUUUCACUUCAACUCCGCCGUCGGGCUUUUCUCCACCUUUUUCUGCGACCGGAGAGUCGAUCUGAAAACUCGAGGGUCAACAUGUUCCCCUGCCUGUUUCUGCUGAUUUCUUUCCUGAAUGUGCUGCGGUGGCUCCAUGUGUCCGCGUGCGAUUACAGCUGUCCAGACAAACCUGUGAUAACUCCAUCCAGCCUGGUGGUGAAGUUCGGUGAUCCAACCUCUGCUACAUGUGUAGCCUGUCAGCAGGCCUGUCUUCCUUCAGAUGAAAAUGUUAUUAAUAUGGAAACUUCUCGUGGAACUAAAGUCAUAAAUGGAAACACAGUGACCUGGACAGUGAAACAAAUGAAUGUGUGGAAUUUGACUCCAAAAUGCUACUAUACUAAUGAGAAUGCUCAGUGUUGCACCAACCUGAACGUUAUCGUCUACAAACCUGCAGAAAGUGUGUCCUUCAGCUUUAACCGCUCUGGACCUCUGACCGAGGGUUCAGAGGUCACCCUGCAGUGUGAUGUUCUGAAAGUUGCUCCGGCUAAAAACCUCAUUGUGACCUUUUACAGAGGUCAGACGUCUGUAGGUGAAAUGAGAAGCAACAAUACCGAGAAGGGACCAGUUAAUGGGACAUUUUCUUUGAGCUACAAGACCAGCAAAGAAGACAAUGGAGUCCAGUUCUGGUGUGAAGCCAAGCUGGACCUGGGAGCUGAAGGGCCACAGCCCCCUCUAGUGGUGAAAUCAGACAAUCUCACUGCUACAGUUUAUUAUGGACCUGAGCUGAAGGUUCCGGCUGAUCCAGCUCCAAUCAGCAUCAUCAGAGGAGAAACUCUCCAUUUGAGCUGCUUGGGUGAAGGAAACCCCAAACCUCAGUACAACUGGACGCUGCCGUCCAACAAAGGCCACAGCAGUGGGAACGAUCUGAGAAUCGACUCAGUUGAUUCUCAGGAUGGAGGGCAAUACAUCUGCACCGUCAGCAACACCGUGAACUCUGUCAGUGUUACAUUUGACGUAACAGUCCAAGAAAACUUCAUUCCGUACAUAAUAGGUGCCGUAGUAAUUGCUGCAGCUGUGAUAUUGAUCAUCGCAGGAGUCAUCUACAGUUUUUAUUACAAACAAAACAAGAUGGGAAAGUACCAGCUAAAGGAUGUUUUCCGUUUGAGCCCAAUGCAUCCCACUACAGUUCCUCUUUGUUAGUGAAAUCAAAUCCUCUGGAAGGAGUUAAAGAUUCGCUGCAGAGCCUCUGAUCUGAGUCAGGUUGGUGCUGCUGCAGGUUUUUCCUUUUCCCGUCAUGGACAUGAAAUACAUUCCACUUUUUGAAUGGAAAUAUUCGCUUCCUCCUAGAUGGUUUCAGUGUUGUGAGAAAGUAACAGGAACUCUUUUUAUCUGGAGGUUGCAUGUUUUACUCAAACUACAAUGGAUUACAGUUAUUUCCUCCUAACUAUUUGUACUUUGUUGGAUUCUUAAUGAUGAAGGUAAAGGGACACAGUCAUUACCAAAACUGUCAAUCCAAUGUGAAAACUCAUAGGAAAUUGUUUAUAGUUUGAACUAAGCUCUCAUGCCUAACUUGUUCCAGUUAGAUUUUUUAUAAAUACAUAACUCAUGAUGUCUCGCACCACUUACCAUAUUUAUUUUUGUGUUUCGUUGCUUACCAUUUGCAAGCUCGCCUAUUACCUCUGUUCCUUUAUGCUCUGCUAAAAUGUAUUCUAAUGCAACUGAACUCUUAAAAAAGUUGCUCUCAUUUGCAUGCUUUAGUGAGCUGGACGUCAGAAAGCAACUUUUCUUAUCAAGAAUAAGUUCUUUUGUUGUUGUUUUUACUGUGAUCACUGUAAUGCACUACAGGACUGUUGCUAUGCUUUGAUUAAAUCAGCUGGCAAAAUGCCACAGACAAAGUCUGUGCUUUUAUUUAAGGCCAUAUUUAACUCUGUGAUGGUGCAACAGCAAUGCUGGAAGUGACUAAAUACAUCCGGUGGGAAUUUAUCUCCCUGUCUCUGCUGAAUUUCCACAUUCUCACUUCUUGUCUGCUUCUCAUUCAGAGGUCAUUGUAUCGGGAACAGUUUACCAUCAGCAUUGAAAAUGGUAACAUCUUAAUAGUUUCUAAUUCCUUGGUGAAACAUCGGCUGAAAUAAAAAUAAAAUCUGAACACUGAGGUAUCCCAGCCCACUCUGUUGUGGCGAAUUAGUUUUCUCUGCUAUGCAAAUUCAUGUUUUUCUUGUUUAUAGUCAGAGAAAUUCUGCAUAGAUGUCUAUAUGUGGCAGGAAUCAUUCAUUUUAAUUUCGCUGUCUUUUAAAAAUCACAAGCAAUUCGUUCAUGGAGACGGGUUGCUGUUUACAAUGAGGUGGGAGCUAAGAGUCAAAGCGCAUAUGUGUUUCUAUUUCAUGCUAAAAUCACAGCGCCUUAUAGUGGCCUGGAGUGACAACUACAGCUGACUCGGUAUCCGCGGUGUGGAACUUUUUCCCAAUCAAUAUCCAAAGAUACCGGAAGUGUCCAGGUGGCGGUCUUGCAUAACCGUACUCUAUGUUUAGUUCAAAUGGUUAGGAUAUGAGUUACGGCUCAAUUUCAGUCAUAUGAUACAAAAAUGAUCAAAUUCAGAUUUCAUUCCUCAUAAAAAUUUUUUUUUUUCUAUAAAAAGUGAAAAUUUAGCGUCCUGCUGGGUAUUUGGAACAAUUUAUGAUGCCAGAGCGCUUGUGAGCAUUUUGAUUAUUAUUCAGAUAAAAAAAAAGUGUAUUUAUAUCUGAAUUAUUGUUAUUUGACUUGUAGGUAAUUUGAGAGGGAGUGUGAAAAGGAGAGGAUUCAUUUGAUGAAGACCUUUAACCCUCUAUUCACUUACGCGAUUUUCUGGUUCUUUCAGAGGUUGCUGUGAAUUUAAACAUUUAUAUGGAUUUUCUUUUGCUUUUCUUGU